AUCGAGCUUUUUUGAGUUGCGUUGAAUUCGUUCUUUCUCGUCACGAAGAAAAUAACCCGAACAUUGGAGACAUAAAAUAAGAGAGUAUUAAGGUUUAACAUUACACACAAUUAAGAAACCAAUAUUGUAAUGUGUAAAAACCAUUAUUAGAAUCAAUUACUGUUCUAAUGUGAUACUUUUCAGGACGGCCGCUAAGAUUCCCCGACGACGACGGAAAAACCCGUCAAGCUCCACCAGUUCUAGAGGCGAAGACAAGUGAUAGAGUUCUAAGAGAAAUAAAUUCUGUUUAUUAUUUAUUAAUUGAUUUAUUUGCAAACGGGAAAUCAAAUUAAUAACAGCAAAAUAUUACGACUCUGCAUAUAUAGUGACGGUCUAAAUUAUAUUACAGGAGAGUAAUGGCUAUGCCGGUCUUUGGCUUGCUAGCAGUCGUGUCGUUGUCCAUCUUUCUUCCGCUGGUCGCCGUCGCCGAUUUCGCCGUGAAUUGCGACGCCGGGAGCGGCCGCCGCUUGGUUGCUGCGACGGUGAGCGCCCUCGUCGAAGAUUUGAAAGACAAGGUGCCGGAUCAGCCUGACUGGCAGUACUGCAACGUGCUAACCUCGUCGAGGGGACUGCAGGCGUUCGGUUACGGUUCCUGCAACACAGGCAUGAUUACAUCUCCCGCGAACGCGUGCCGCAACUGCUUGUCUACUGCCGGCGAUGCCCUGAUGCGUCGUUGUAUAAAGAGUACGGGAGGAGCUGGUGAAGUGAAGGGUCCAACGUAUUACUGUUAUCUCAAGAUCGGAACAUCGAGUUGUGCCUCCAUGAUACAUUAGAGCUACAAACAAUUUGUAACCUUUAAUUGCACCGAUCUGACGAUGUUUGUGAUAUUGUAUCGUAUUGUCGUACAGUGACUCCGUCGUACGUGUACGAGUCGAAUUAAACUACAAUUUUUCGUCACUCGUUGUAUUUCGAUUUAUGAAUAUUGGUUUUUUUUUCUUUUUCCGAUCAUCGAUUUCGUUGGUUCGAUGAUGCUAGAUGCGAUUUCACAAGCAUAGGAUUGCACACAUGCAAUGAAAUACUCACUACAUACUAAUACACUAUAUCAUUCUUUGAUACAUAGAUCAUGGGGGAGUUUAGGGUCAUCCUUUUUUUGUCUCCUAAAUAAUUUUAAAAUCGGGUCUUUUAUAAUUUUCACAAACGUUAAAGUUGUGGUUAUUGAAUUGUAUUUUAUUUUUCUUGUUAAUUCACGUGGAUUGGUGACUCAUCAUUUCCGUCAACCAGUCAUACUGUUAAGUGACAUCGUUAAAUUGAUGGAUGAAAGUGGCUAUUUGUGUAUUUGGAAAGUUGUGGCUAUAGCAUAUAACGGUUACAAACGUGAAAGUUGUGGCUAUGAAAGUAUAUUUUUCCCUAAAAUUUAUAGAUUAUUCACGAAAUCUGAGAUUUGGUCAAUAGUACAAACGUCAGACGUACGUCGACUCAAAUGAAUUAUAUUAACCUCUACUAGCUAGACUACAAUUGCUGCAACGUGGCCGCACAGACCCAUUAGUUUUACUAUCGGUUGCAUACGGACUACCAUUCUUUAUUAUUGUUUGUCUUGUAGCUUUGUUAUAUUUGACCAUUUCUUGGGGGCUUAUCUUGAAUAAUAAAAAAGUAUCAUGUGUUUCUGUCCCCAAUAGUGUGCUUAGUACGUAUUAUUGUGUGACGUAUGCCAUAGGUAUAGUAGGAAAAUCAUAUAGAAAACACUAUAUAAACAUCGUUUGCUUGUGAGAUUUGGGUGAUGGAUUUGGCACUCAAAUCCCAAGCAUCAUGGAAUUGACACAAAUCCAUUGUUUGUUAAGUGACACAAAUUUGUGGUGCCAUUUGGACAAUUUUUUUCCAGAUCCAAAUCUGUGUACCCCACGAAUUUGCAAAUAUCACAUUUCAUUUGGAAUUUGAUAAAGGAAGUCACAAUGUGAUACAACUCCUGAGAGAAAACCUAAGCAACCUGACCAGACGUGUUGGUUUCUUACUCUGUGAAGAAUUAGCCUUUUCUAUUCUGUUUCUAGCUUGUUUUUUUUACUGAAAAUCUUUGCUUUGUGGGUUUGCUUUUGCUCCCUCUGUACAUUUCGAUAAGUCCACUCGUUUAACUUUUGGUUUUUCCCCCCAAAAGGAAUCUCCGGCAGCUACAUUUUUUUGUUCGUGCCGGUUGAUGCUAAUAUACAAUCGUCGGCUUAAAAGUAAUCCAUGGAAUACAGAACUCAUGAAUAC